AUGUUUUUUGCUUUAGUUCUCAGUGCAUUUUCAGCAUAUUGCAAUGAAAGUUCAUUGCAAGAAGGAUAUGUAUGCUGUGAGGAUAGUCCUUGCGAGGGUCACUGCAUAGAAUAUAACGGAACCAAUAAUAAAAUCGUCGGAAAAUGCGUAGGCGACACACCUUAUCAAUUGUGUUAUAAAGGAAAGAUUUUCCCAGUUACUAUGAUCAUGUUUUGCGUCCCUACAAUUGUAUUUUGGAUUUUUGCUUGCAUUACAGACACAAAUGUUCCUUUAUGCACAUGGAUAUCCAACAUUGGCAUAAACAUAUGCAUUGCUGCUAUUGUUCAAUCAAGUAUAUGCUUAGUUAUGGUUCCAGUAGCUGCAGCUGCAAUUGCUUUUCUAUCUUUAGGAUCAUCACUAUUCAUAGCAUUUUAUAUCCUUGUAAGAGUAUCUCCUUGUGCAGGUGGUCCAGAAUGCUGUACUAAUUCCAUGUCUAACCUGACAAAAGAAAGUCAUGCAAUGAAUCGUGCAAGAAGCAAUAAUAACUGUUGCGAGUGCUGUUCAUGUUGCUCAUACUGCAAAUCUGGGACUUAUGAUCCAAUUCAGGCAGAAGAAGAAGUUUGUUGUGGUCUCACAGAAGAAAAGAUAGAAAACACGUAUGACUGUGUCAGAUUCCUUAGAGAUGUUCGUGCACCUCGUGUAUCCAGAGAAGAGCUCCAAUCUAUUAUGGAAGAAAACGCUUCUAUCCCAGCAACUCCAAAAGCGAUAGGUAUCGCCUUCCACAAGAAGGAUGAUGGAUACAGCAUUGAUAAAAGAGAAUUUGAACCAAUAAACUAUUCGACAUGGCAAGAAAACGGAAAUCUUGAUCAAAUUCAAAACCAAAAAGUAAUUUACUGCUGUUAUCCACGUUACGUUUAUAAUGAAAACAUGAGAUUAGAGAUAGAGCGUGCCUUGACUGCUGCUGCAAACAAAGUUAAAGAAGCUUCUCAGUAUUAUAGUUCUUAUGACGUGUUUGAAGUUAGUGGUAUGACCAGACGUGCAUAUUAUGGUGAUUCGGCUACUUUCAAUACAUUUCCUAAGACACUAUACCGAAUUUUAUACGAAAUUCUUUUAUUGAUCGGAUAUAAUGGAAUUUCUGACUUUUUCUGGAAUAGAAACACUCAAAGAAUUAUCUUUGAAUCCGUAAAGGAGGUCUCAAUGGAUGGAUCUCUUCGUGCUAGAUUUGGAGAACGAGAUCAAACUUGCACUGAAAAUAUUAAUGAAGAAGCAGCUAAAGGAGAUACACUUAUUGAUACUUUAGUGUAA